AUGCCUCCUCAUCCCAGGAAGCGACGGCGCUACAUGCUCGAGGAAGGCCUUCCGGCCCUAACGGAGACCCAGGGCCUCGUGGGUGCACAGGACCCUGGGGCGACAGAAGAGGGCCCUGAGUGUGCCUGCCCCUCCCCCACUGCCUCUGCCUCCGUGCCAUCCACACAAUCCGAUGGUGGCUCCGGCAGCACAGUGGAGGAGGGUCUGGGCACUUCACAGGUCCCUCCAGAAGGCAGAUCCGUUACCAGUAUCGUGAUUAACGACAAGACAGCUCAGCUGGUGGCCUUCCUGCUCCUCAAGUACCUUGCCGUGGAGUCGACCACGACGGUGGAGAUGCUGGAAGUGCUGGGCCUGGAUCACGAGGACCAGUUCCCUGUGAUCUUCAGCUGCGUCUCCGAGUGCUUGCAGCUGGCCUUUGGCAUCGACGUGAAGGAAGUGGAUCCCAGCGACCACUCCUACAUCCUGGUCACAGCCCCGGGCCUCACCUACCGCGGGCAGCUGAGCUAUGAGCAGAGCCUGCCCAAAAGCGGCCUCCUGCUGUUUCUCCUGACCUUAAUCUUCAUGGAGGGUGGCUCAGUCCCUGAGGGAAAGGUGUGGCAAAUGCUGAUUGUCGUGGGGAUAUUUCAAAGGAGGGAGCACUUCAUCUUCGGGAACCCCAGGGAGCUCAUCACCCAGGUCUGGGUGAAGGGGCAGUACCUGGAGUACCAGCAGGUGCCCGACAGUGAUCCCACUCGCUUCCACCUGCUCUGGGGCCGCAGGGCGCACAUGGAGACCGACGCGGUGGAAGUGCUGGAGUUUAUGGCCAAGGUCAAAGAUAGCACCGCUAAUGCCUGUCUUCCCUUGUAUGAGGAGGCUGUGAGAGAUCAGGAAGGGCCAGGCCAGGCUAGCAUUGCUGCCGCAGAUGAUCCUGCCGCCGUGGCCGGUGCAAGUUCUAGUGGAACGUCCCCUGGCUUCUGCCCUGAGUGA